AUGUUCGCUUCUCUCACUGCUGCCGUCGCCAUCGCGGCCUCUUUCAUCACCGCUGAGGGUGCCGCCAUCAAGCGCGGAACCGGCAUCUAUGUCACCCCUCACGUCGAGUACUCGUCCUCCGUCGGUGUCCUCGGCUGCAAGAUCAACACCAACCGCGUCGCCUACUGGCCCAGCAGCGUCGGCUGCGACAACAUCUGCGUCCGCGUCACCCACACCGAGUCCGGCCGCACCCUCAACCUCCUCAAGAUCGACCAGUCCGGCGGCGCCUACGACAUCUCCUACGACGCCUGGAACUACCUCUCCUCCGGUAAGUCGGCCACCGAGAGCCCCCAGAUGGGCGGCGGCGUCGCCAUGACCUACGAGGACGUUCCCGCUAGCGAGUGCGCCGGCCUCAUCAACACCCCCAGCAAGAAGCUGCCCCUCACCGCCGCCAACAGCAUGAACUACGUCGCCUCGUGCAUCUCCCAGCCCAGCAGCUGGGUCGCCCAGAACUACGAGAUGUACAACAUCCUCGACCCCAUCUGCCACUGGGGUGUUGAUGAGGUCUGCUCCCUCGACCUCAACGUCAGCAACCAGCCCACCUGCCCUCACACCCUCGGCGUCACCACGCCCCUGAACCUGCCCGUCACCAACAUCGAGUACGGCACCGGCAAGCCCGUCGCUGCUUAA